AUGGAAAAGAAGUGUUGCAAGAAUGUGGAUGAUCUCUUCAAUGAAUUUGCAUAUAAGGGAAGCACUGAAGUGGAGCAUUCAAAGAGAAGGAACGCUUUUUAUCAUUCUUCUUCUUCAAAGAAUGUGUCGGAACAUUUUCCGGAAGUUGGAGAGUCUAAAGGAGACUAUUCUUGUCCUUCUAGGAAGGUGUCCAAGUAUUUUCGGGAAGUUCGAGAUUCUAAACUGGGUGGUUCCUGUCCUUUAAGGAAGGUGUCUAAGUAUUUUGUGAAAGAUGAAGAGUCUAAGGUGGGUGAUUCUUGUCGUUCUAGAAAAGUGUCGAAACAUUUUGUAGAAGAUGAAGAGUCUAAAGUGGGCGAUUCUUGUCCUUCAAGGAAGGUGUCCAAGUAUUUUGUGAAAGAUGGAGAGUCUAAAGAGGGCGAUUCUUGUCCUUCAAGGAAGGUGUCAAAACAUUUUCGGGAAGUUGGAGAGUCUGAAGUGGACGAUUCUUGUCCUUCAAGGAAGUUGUCAAAACAUUUUCGGGAAGUUGGAGAGUCUCAAGUGGACUAUUCUUGUCCUUCAAGGAAGGUGUCAAAACAUUUUCGGGAAGUUGGAGAGUCUGAAGUGGACGAUUCUUGUCCUUCAAGGAAGGUGUCAAAACAUUUUUGGGAAGUUGGAGAGUCUGAAGUGGACGAUUCUUGUCCUUCAAGGAAGGUGUCAAAACAUUUUUGGGAAGUUGGAGAGUCUGAAGUGGGCGAUUCUUGUCCUUCAAGGAAGGUGUCAAAGUAUUUUGUGAAAGAUGGAGAGUCUAAAGAGGGCGAUUCUUGUCCUUCUAGGAAGGUGUCUAAGUCUUUUGUGAAAGUCGAAGAUUCUAAAGUUGGCGAUUCUUGUCCUUCAAGGAAGGUGUCAAAGUAUUUUGUGAAAGUCAAAGAUUCUGAAGUGGGCGAUUCUUGUCCUUCAAGGAAGAUGUCAAAGUAUUUUCUGAAAGUUGAAGAUUCUAAAGUGGACGAUUUUUGUCGUUCUAAGGUGUCGAAACAUUUUGGGGAAGUUGAAGAGUCUGAAGUGGAUUAUCAAAAGAGAGUGUCUCCUUGUCCUUCUAGAAAGGUUAAGAACAAUCGUAGGAAGAAGAUCGUGACGGGUUUCAGAGAGUGUGUUAAGAAGAGGAAAUGUGAAGGAACCGAAGUAAUUGAAAAUUCGAAAGUCGAAGAUUCUUCUUGUUUGGAAAUGAUCUAUGAAUAUUUAGCUAAAGUUGAAGAGAUUAUAACUAAGGAUAGUUUGUUGCUUCAAAAGGUUUCCGACUCCUCUAGAGGAGGGUAUAAAGUUGAAGACAAUUGUAUGAAGGAUAUUAAUGAUAUUUUGAAUCGAUAUGUAUACCAUGGUAGGAGUGUGCCUAUUUCAAGAAAGCGUCUUAAGAAGAGUGACUCGGAAUAUAAAGCUAUAGUCAAAGAGGCUAAAAUUAAGUUUGAAUCGAUACUUGGAGAUUUAUCUAACUCCUUUCAAGAGGGGCCUAAAAUUGAAGAGGGUUCAUCUCUUGUUCCUCCUAAAAUGAAAUCCAAAAGUCGUGGUAAGAAAACUCAACCUUUUCUUAAGGCGGAGAGAUAUAAGGAAGCUUACAAAAGAAAAACUGCGGAAAACAAUUGGCUGCCUCCACGUUCUCAUUGGAAUCUCAUUCAAGAGGAUCAUUUUCAUGAUCCAUGGAGAGUGUUGGUUAUUUGUAUGCUAUUAAACCGAACUACUGGUACGCAGAUGAAAAAAAUUGUAGGCAAGUUUUUCGAGUUAUGUCCGGAUGCAGAGUCUUGUACGCGAGUAUCAAGAGAGGAGAUACAAGAGGUAAUAAAGUCAUUAGGUCUUCAAGUGAAAAGGUCAGCGAUGCUGCAACGCCUUUCUCAUGAAUACUUGUCUGAGAGUUGGACCCAUGUAACUGAACUGUAUAGUGUUGGCAAGUAUGCAGCAGAUGCUUAUGCUAUAUUUUGUACUGGCAAGUGGGAUGAAGUUGUGCCAAAUGAUCAUAUGCUGAACAAAUAUUGGGAUUUCCUUCAUACAUUGGGAAUUUGA